ACUCAGUCACGGACCAGUCACCACAGGACUCGUGACUUGCUGGUCAGCAAUGUAUCGGUCACCUGUGGUGAGGGCCAGGAAGAGAACUUAUGUGGAGCCCUGGGUUAUUGGCCUCAUCUCUUUCUUAUCCCUGAUUGUCCUGGCAGUGUGCAUUGGACUCACUGUUCACUAUGUCAGAUACAAUCACAGGAGAACCUACAAUUACUACAGCACGUUGCCAUUCACGAGUGACAAGCUGUAUUCUGAAUUUGGAAAAGAGGCUUCUAAAAACUUCACAGAAAUGAGCCAAAGAAUUGAAACUAUGGUAAAAAAUGCAUUUCAUAAAUCUCCACUAAGGGGACAACUUUCUAAGGCUCACAUUAUCAAGUUCAGUAAAGAAGACGAUGGAGUGUUGGCUCAUAUGCUGCUGAUUUUUCGAAUUCGCUCUACUGAGGAUCCUGAAGUUGUGCAUAAAAUUAUUGAAUAUGUUCUGCGUGAAAAGCUGAAAUAUGCGACGGGACCCCCAAAAGUUGAUCCUGAAUCAGUUGAAAUUAAAAAAAUCAACAAGACAGAAUCAGACAACUAUCUCAACCAUUGUUGUGGGACACGGCGGAACAAAUCUACAGCACAGACAAGUGUGAGGAUUGUCGGCGGGACAUCAGCCGAAGAGGGAGAAUGGCCUUGGCAAAGCAGCCUGCAGUGGGAUGGGUCUCAUCGCUGUGGAGCAACUUUGAUCAGCAACACGUGGCUUGUGAGUGCCGCUCACUGCUUUCGAACGCACAAGGACCCAUCCAGAUGGACUGCUAGCUUUGGGGCCACAUUACAACCUCCAAAAUUGACAACAGGCAUCCGGAGGAUAAUUGUUCAUGAAAAAUACAAUUACCCAUCACAUGACUAUGACAUUGCACUUGUAGAGCUGUCUAGGCCGGUUCCCUGCACAAAUGCAGUGCAUAAGGUUUGUCUCCCUGAUGCAAACCAUGAAUUUCAGCCGGGGCAGAGGAUGUUUGUGACAGGAUUUGGAGCAUUGAGAAAUGAUGGUUUCGCCCAGAAUUACCUUCGGCAAGUACAAGUGGACUACAUAGACACCCAAACCUGCAAUCGGCCUCAAUCUUACAACGGUGCCAUCACCCCUAGGAUGUUGUGUGCUGGCUUUUUGAAAGGAGAAAAAGAUGCAUGCCAGGGUGACUCCGGAGGCCCACUCGUUACUCCGGAUGUUAGAGAUGUCUGGUACCUUGCUGGAGUCGUGAGCUGGGGGGAUGAAUGUGGCCAACCCAAUAAGCCUGGUGUUUAUACGAGAGUGACGGCCUUCCGAGACUGGAUUACUUCCAACACUGGUAUCUGAACCGUAAAGACCCAGAGGGAUGAAAUGGAUGUUUUCAUCCACAGACUGUUCCUGGAGACAUACAAAUGUAGAAGAAGCCUUGCAAAUCAGGAGGGCCUGAAACGCCACACUGAACAAUCUGAAAUGUAUAUUUCCUUCCCAGCUUUGCUCUUCACAUGAGCAUCUCGCUGCUGCCAGAAGAACUCUGCCAACCCACACUCAUUUAUUUCCUACAAGUUUUCUGUCGCCCAAGUUUUGACUCGACCAUCCAGUAUGUACGCAGGCAUACAUACGAGGUGAAGCGACCCUUUCCUUCAUCCGUCAGCUUCUCUCACAUUAGUAAAUGUCUACUUUUCAGGUGUAAGACAAGGAAUGAAGUAAAAUAUAAAAAGAAAAAAAAACCCUUACAUUAGCGAUAUUUUAAAAUAGAACACGGGGAAUGAUCAUAUUCAUUAUAAAAGACCAGCAAGCAGGUGUAGCCACAGACUGCUCAAAAUUCUACGUUGGAGAAGAAGUUGGGGAAACAGAGAAUCUAACAUAUAGCUUAAUUUUCUUCCUAAAUCACGAACAAGAACAACACAAGAGCUAUUGUUUCCUGUGGCUACAAUAAUCAUAUGAACUCCUUGUCAUUACAAAGAUGUACUUGUUAUGAACCGAUCAAAGCAAAGAUUGUUUAUUUGCAGUUGACUUGCAGAGGAUGUCAAUAUACAGCCAAUGGUGAAUUACACCAAAGACCUACUUGCUGCUUGACAUUAUGACAUGAAAAUUUAAUGAAGGAAUGGAGGGUGUGGAGUGCAGUACUGAUCAAUCUACUGAGAAGUUUCUCCAAGUUUGAGGGUAAACUAAAGGUUUAUUUCAAAAUAAUCAGCUUCCCCUGUGUGACAAAAUAAUUGUAUAGUUGAAUGGAAUUUAAAGAGACUCAGUCUAAACUGAUGACUGUGGUGGGAUUAUCCUUAACCUUUUCCAGACUGCAGAUCUUGACUGGAAUAAGGUCCAGCUAUGGGCGUGUAGCAGUAGUCAUGUGAUUGUAGUUGGGACCUGGUCUUUUCCUCUGAAGUCAUAGCAGAUAUGCUUCCUCUGCUGUGAUGUUCGGCCUGUGCAUGAAAAAUGGGCAUGUUACAUUCAUCUGUGCUGAGAUGCUACUCGCUGGGACAGCAACAUAGGGAAGGCAUUCUGGAGGCUACAUCGACGCCAUGCUUAAUCGGUACCCACUUCAACAAAACGCUGAAGAGAAACAGUGUGACACUGGCCUCCUUUGUGAUUUGAGUUUGACAGAUUAUUGCUGAGUCAUUAGAUAUCCUACAUCCAAAUGAUCCGGAAAGUAAUGAACUAGGACUGAUGUUGUGCUCUAUGACGUGUUAACGGGAAGUUUUCCCACCAAGGCAUUCAGCAACCAUCUCAUCAUUAUAUACAGACUCCAAGAGAAGACAUAAUUCAGCACGUUGUACCGUAGGAUAGUCAUAUUGCAAACUAAUGUCAUGAAAAAUGUUAACUUCUAGUAACUUAAAUCCUAUUCACGUUUCCACUGAUAAUUGGGCACUUGUCUAAAAUAUGAAAACUGACAUGGGUUGUCAGUGUUCAAUAUUCUGAAUGACUGUUUUAUUUAUUAAACUUUUGGGGGAAAUUGAGAAAUGAUAAACUUUAAAGGUAUAUAAGACUAUUAAAGUUAGAUUGCUUUCAGAAACCUGCUAGAAUGUGAUUCAAGUGGCUGGAGAGAUGCUCUGAGGCUAGAGAUUCACACAGUUCUUCCAGAGGACAGACGUCUGGUUCCCAGCACUCACACUGGACAGCACAUUGGACUUCAGCUCCUAGGACAUUCAACACCUUUGGCCUCUAUGGGCAUCUUCUUCUAUGACCACACACAGACUACACACCUACAGAGAGUAGGAGAGAUAGAACUCCUUAAAGAAGAUUAUACCACGUGGUGUCCAGCUGUAACCUUUGGUAUCAAAUACCAGCUGAUCAGUCCUUAAAAUAUACUUGUAAGUGGUAUACAGGCUGAGCAGACUGUGUGAGUGUGCAUGCGUGUGUGUGUGUGUGUGUGUGUGUGUGUGUUACAUUAUACAUAAUGUAACAACAAAUAAUGAAAAAGAGAGCAUGAAUUUGAAGAAAGAGCAAGAAGAGACAAAUGGGAGGGCUAGGAGGAAGGAAAGAAAAGAAAUAAUUAAAGAAUAAAUUACAACAGUAUACUACUCACAUAAGCCUCUAGGUGGCAUUCUACAGCUGUGGGAAGUUACUAACUUCUAUUCUAAAGCAAUAAGAAUUUAAGGACAUUUGUGUUUACAAAAUACAGCGAAAACAGAAGUCAAAUUUCUGUUUCUUGGUCUCAAAAACCACAAAAUAAAUUUUAUGUUUGAAAACAGAUUUAUGGGUGAAUUCAUGUUAAUUUGGGUCAUUUAUCAGUAUCUUUCAGAUUUCUGAUAAACUAAGGUUGGAUGAUUUGAGGAGUUAAAUUGAACAUACAUUUUAAAGGUUUAAAUUUAAAGAUAGUGCUAUGUUCCUUAGAUAAACAUAUGUAGUGUUUCCUUAUAUAAAAUAUGUAAAGAAUAGUAGUUUGUGUCACGACGAACUUUUUUUUGCUGCUCAAGACAACAAAACAAAAAGAGAAAGCACAAACACUUCUUUAAAUGUUAUAUGAAGUAGUCAUCACAAUGCCAUAUCAUUAAAAUAGCACGUUGCUUGGAGAAAUAAUAUAGAGUGAGUUUUAGUGUUCUUCAGGAUUUCAGUGUGAACCAUACUGCCUAGCUGGAGGAGGUUAAGAAGUAGUGAUUGCAAUGUGCCUUAAUUAUACAGAACAGGCAUUUCUCUUCCCUAUCUUUUAUCCCAUACCACCAAUAGACUUUCCUCCACAUAAUACUCUUUCAAAACACGCUAUUCAAUGGCUCUUUUAUUUAUUUCAUUAUGCAGAAAGCAUAACUUUAUUAUGCAGUCCUGUGUCAAUUAACGAUAUUUUCAUCAAUGACAUUCCAUGUGUAGGAUGGUGCUCCCAUAAGAGCAUUCUAAAAUGGUGCUAAGAAGCUUCUCUAACCUUCUGCCGUUGUAGCCAUCAUGAUGUGCAGGAUACUGCAUUAUAAAUGUAUUUGUAGUUAUACUGGUGUGACCAGACCCACUGCACUGUCAUUCUCAUGACAGUUUAAGAAGCUUUUACUUAAUAAUGAUAGUAAGUGACCAUAACAGUCGUUCAUGUGUCUACUAUUCUGUAAUUUUUAUUGUUA